UCCGCAUGCGCCGCGAGUCCGUGUUCCAGGAGCUGUCCAAGCCGCUCUGCUCUUCGUUCCAAUCCCGCCCCGGGGCCAGCAGCCUUUACGGCAUGCAUGCAGCUAAUUUUGCCCAGAGUCCAGAGGAAGGGGGCGUGGGCAUUACUGAAGCCCUUAUCACCAAGCGGAACUUGACCUUUCUUGAGGAUGAGGAUCUGUCGGAGAAGAUGUUUCACACUAUUGCUGAACUACAGACUGUCCGCCUGGACCGGGAGGGGAUUACCACUAUCUCGAAUCUAGAGGGCCUCCGGAAUCUUCACAGCCUCUAUCUACAAGCGAAUAAGAUCCAGCGAAUUGAGAACCUGGCCUGUGUCCCCUCCUUGCGCUUCCUGUCUCUGGCAGGAAACCAAAUCAGUCAGGUGGAAAACCUCCGUGACCUCCCUCACCUCCAGUUUCUGGACCUUGCCGAGAAUCUGAUAGAAAAACUAAAGCUGGAUGAAUUCCCCCAGAGCCUUCUCAUCCUUAACCUGACUGGAAACAGCUGCACCAAACAGGAAGGCUAUAGGGAGCGGGUGACGGGGGCCCUGCCAUUGCUCCUGGACCUGGACAGGCAGCCUGUGCUGGAGCGCUGGGACUCGGGUGAGGAGGACGGAGCCUCUGACGAGGAGUUCCCCGAGCUGCAUGGCCCAUUCCGCUCAGAGCAAGGCUUCCUCAAGGAGCUGGAGCAGGACAUGAGCAGGCACAAGGAGCGCAGACAGCAGGCAGCCCUGGCAGAACACCGUCUGAGGAUGGAGACACAGCCCGUCCUCACUGAGCUUCCCGCCCUGCCCGGGAGGGCCAUGGCUGGGGACAGCAGCCCUUCUGUCACUCCCAGGCAGGGGGAGGAGACACCCCUCGAGUCCACUUCCUUGCCACGAGCUUCCUGUGCCACUAAGAAACCGUGCCCUCUGGUUUCCAGGGGCCUCCACAGCACCGUCCAGGCAAGGAGAGGGGUCAGGGAAGCUGCAGCUUCCAAGGCCUCAGUGGCUGUGGCCUCCAGCACAACGAAAACUAUGACCAGAGGGACCAAGAAGUGAAGUGCAGGCCGCCCCUGUCAGUGAAGCCACAGGAAUGAGGGCAGGGCCAGAAUAAGAGCAGAGCGGGCCUACCCCGCUCCUCAGAGCCCUCCCAAUAAAGUGUCUCCAGGCCCUGAGUAUGUCUUUCCUGUCACUGGGGGCUCCUCAAGGGAAGCAAUGAGUAAAACACAUUAGAAA